CCUACUUCCCUCCUCGAGAGUGGAGACCCCCUUGGCCCCUUAUCCCCUCCUCCCUCCCCUUUCCCUUGUCCACCUCAAUUCCUCUCCCCCUGAUUCCCGCGGGCUUGCAGAUCCAGGCAAACGCUGCCCCGCCUCAGCCGCCGAACCCCCGAUGAGCCGCCGGCGGGUGGAGGCCUGCGACUCGUGGCGCCCGCCGCGGGUCCACGGGGCCCCGUCGUCGUCCCUCCUCCGCGUGGGCCCUCGGCUCCCCGCCUUCGCGUCGCUCUCCGUCCGCGAGGGCGGGGGCGGCGAGGCCGUCAAGGCGGUGGGGGAGGAGGAGGUGGCUGUCGUCCGGGGAGACGAGGGGAAGGGGGUGGCAGGGGGCGAGGUGAAGAAGGAGCGGGAGUUGCCGCCGGUGGCGCAGCUGGUGCGGCACCCGCUGGCGAUGCUGGCUCUGGUGCCCAACAGCGCCGCACUCUUCGCGGCCGGCGCCGCCGCGGGAGCCGUCGCCAAGACGGUCACCGCGCCGCUCGACCGCGUCAAACUUCUCAUGCAGACGCAUAGCGUGCGGGUGGCAGGAGAGAGCGCCAAGAAGGGGGUUGGAUUCCUCGAGGCUAUUGCAGACAUAGGAAAGGAGGAGGGUCUUAAGGGUUACUGGAAAGGCAACCUUCCACAGGUUAUUCGCAUAAUUCCUUACAGCGCGGUGCAACUUUUCUCAUAUGAAGUUUACAAGAAAAUUUUCCGGAGAAAGGAUGGAGAGCUUACUGUGUUUGGGAGACUUGCUGCUGGUGCUUGCGCGGGCAUGACAUCUACACUUGUAACUUACCCACUGGAUGUUCUCCGGCUCAGGCUAGCAGUUCAAUCUGGACACAGCACUAUGUCUCAGGUUGCUUUUAACAUGCUGAGAGAAGAAGGAUUGGUCUCCUUCUAUGGUGGCCUGGGUCCAUCUCUUAUAGGAAUUGCACCUUACAUUGCUGUGAACUUCUGUGUUUUUGACUUAAUGAAGAAAUCUGUACCAGAGAAGUACAAGAAUAGACCAGAAACAUCUCUAGCAACUGCUCUUCUUUCAGCAACAUUUGCAACUUUGAUGUGUUAUCCACUGGACACUGUUAGAAGACAGAUGCAGAUGAAAGGCACACCAUACAAUACAAUCUUUGAUGCUAUUCCAGGCAUUGUGGAGCGUGAUGGUCUAAUUGGACUGUAUAGAGGUUUUGUGCCAAAUGCGUUAAAAACUCUACCGAAUAGCAGCAUUAAACUGACUGCGUUUGACACGGUGAAGACACUGAUAUCUACUGGGCAGAAGGAGCUGGAAAAAUUAAUGCAAGAAAAUGAGGAGAAAACAAGCUAGGGAAGGACCCUUAUUCAAGCUUUUAAUGCUUGGGCAGAAAGCAUGCCUCUUUGCAUACUCCAUUUUGCUAUGUUUCCUCAUUUCUUGGGGCCAUAUUUUAAUUUUAGGAUUUAGUUAGCACAUCUUUCUGUUCCUUUUCAGUUUUAUCCUACAUUGCUAGAGAUAGAGGAGGCAUAGGAAAGGAAAUAAGGCUCUGGAUUGAUUUCUCUGGAUUGAUUUCUUUUAGUGGCAGCAUAGCUUUAGCUUGCGUCAGUAGGAGCAUUCACCCUGCAGGUCUUUUUUAUUUCAAUAGAAGAUGGUGUGACCAGUGGCCUCAUAUGUUCUUCAAAAACUACAAUGUACUUCAUAGCCAGAACAAUGGAAUAGCAUGGAGCACCCUGGCUACUAACAGGUUCCUUGUCAAUGAAAUAGCAUCUUUGUUCUACCGAA